UAUCCUUUCCUCUUUGCAAGCCUCCUCUUUCGUUUCUUCCCCAUCUUCCUCCCUCCUCCGCUUCCUCCUCAUCUCCCGACCCCUUCUAGAACCUUCCAGAACCCCCCGAGAGGCGGCGAGAUGCACGGCGUGCUCACCUCCCCGUGCCUGCGGCCCCCUCCCCCCCGCGCCUUCCCGAGCCCCUCCACCCGCCUCCUCGCUCCCGCCAGAACCCUAGCCCCCCGCCCGCCCCGCCUCCCCCGCGGCCUCCGCUCGUCCCCGCCGCCGCCGCGCGCCGCGGCGGAGGCCGCGGCGUCGGCGGUGGGCGGGCUGCUGGCCCCGCUCUCCACACUGGAGGUCGGCUUGCGGAGCGUCAACCUCGCGCCGCUGCGGGCGCCGGUCGCGGCCGCGAUGUCGGCGGUCGUGCGGUGGCUCGGGGUCUACAGGGAGGUGCUGCUCGUGGGCGUGCUGUUCUCGUGGUUCCCCAACAUCCCCUGGGACCGCCAGCCCUUCUCCGCGCUGCGCGACCUCUGCGACCCCUUCCUCGCGCUCUGCCGUGAGGUCAUGCCGCCCGUGUUCGGCCGCAAGCUUGACCUCAGCCCGCUUAUUGCGUUCAUGGCCAUCGACAUCAUCAUUAUGAUCCUGCGCCCGCAGCCACGCAUGUGAUUGCGCCCGAGUGGUUAUGGAAUUGGAUGGUGCUGUUUGGUAAGGUUGAUUAAACUAUGGGAGGAUAUGCUGUUUUUGGUCAAUCAACAAGGGAUGGUGCUGCUGAAUUUUACAGGACAAGAAAUGGUUGGCUGAGUAAAGUUGCAAAAUCAAUAUAAUUCUUCUAGAGGUAGCUCACUCUGAGUAAUUUUAAGAAGUUUGUUUUCAAGUGUAGCUCUUUCAUUCAUCGCACUUGAGGAUUGUACAAGUAGAAUAUAUGCUAUAGCUACACAUUUGCAAAUUUUGCUCUCUGCUCGGAUUGACAGUGCAUCCUGCACGUGUUUUAAUGUGAUUCAGAUUAUUGUAUCUUAAGCGUCACAAGCUCAUGUUCCUCAACAGUUUGUGAGUUCUGACAACCCUUCUGGAAUCUCAAUUAGCACAUGCACGAGCUUAUAUACCCAUAUCUAUGCUUUCUGAUCUC